UGCCAACGCCAUGAUACCAAAGAAGAAGAAGAAGAAGAAAUUGACGUUAACGCUUAUGUUGGACUAAAAUGGCGGCUGUCAUGAGAUUUGUCAAAAGAAGCUGUUUUGGUUCUAAAAUGGGUCUUCAAUGUUUAUCCUUGAGUCGUUCAGCAGCAGUGGCACAAUUAGUUCAGGAUGGCGCGUCUGCAGGGAAAACUCUCCCAGAGAGGGUAAAGAUAGUGGAGGUGGGACCCAGGGAUGGCCUGCAAAAUGAGAAGACUGUCGUUCCUUCUGAAGUUAAGAUUCACCUGAUUGACAUGCUCUCAGAGGCGGGUCUUUCUGUCAUCGAAGCCACGAGCUUUGUCUCCCCGAAAUGGGUUCCACAGAUGGCAGACCAGGUGGAGGUGAUGAUGGGGAUCCACAGAAGGCCAGGUGUGUCCUACCCCGUUCUGACCCCCAACCUCAAGGGAUUCCUGGCAGCUGUGAAUGCAGGAGCUGCAGAGGUGGCCAUAUUUGGUGCAGCCUCGGAGCUGUUCAGUAAGAAGAACAUAAACUGCUCUGUGGAUGAGAGCCUGCAGCGCUUUGAGGUCGUCACCAAAGCAGCCAAAGAGGCCGGCGUGCCAGUCAGAGGGUAUGUGUCAUGUGUGCUGGGAUGCCCAUAUGAGGGCAAGGUGUCACCAGACAAAGUGGCUCAGGUAGCUAAGCGUCUGUACUCCAUGGGUUGCUAUGAGAUAUCUCUGGGUGACACCAUAGGUGUGGGUACCCCAGGUGGCAUGACUGAGAUGCUGCAGGCGGUGAGCAGGGAGGUGCCCGUCAACGCUCUGGCAGUCCACUGCCAUGACACCUACGGUCAGGCCCUGGCCAACAUUCUCAUUGCUCUGCAGAUGGGUAUCAGUGUUGUGGACUCGUCAGUGGCUGGCCUUGGCGGGUGUCCAUAUGCACAAGGGGCUUCUGGCAAUGUGGCCACAGAAGAUGUGGUGUACAUGUUGCACGGACUUGGCAUUCAGACGGGAGUGGACCUGCCAAAGCUGAUGGAUGCUGGAGCUUUUAUCUGUCGUUCCCUGAACAAAAAGACAAGCUCGAAAGUGGCCCAGGCCACCUGCAAACUCUGAACCUGGCUCCACAAAGGCCUAGAAGAGGGAUGUCACGAGUGAUUCCUACGGACAAGGCUAAAAGGCAUUACUAAGGCAACACACCUGUGCCACAGAGGUGUAAUAUAUUUUGAUUAGCUGCAGAUAAAGAUGGUUGUAAGAACUGUGUGUGUUCCAUUAUUUGAUAUAAGUCAAGUACCUCGCUUAUAAAUGAAGAAAUCUAAAUAGUUGGAAAGCCUUGCUCAAGUGGUGCCUUAUCAUUCACAUCAUGUCCUACAUAAACCUGGUGCCUUGCCCGCUACCUUUGUGUGUUACAUGAUUAUUGAAAAUACACUAAUCAUGGAUGGAAAUGUUAUUCUGAAUAAAGUAUGCUGUUUUAAUAUAAUUUAACGUUAAAUGAACAACAAAGUUAAAAGAAGGGAUUGCCUGACUUGUACUUCAGUUGCUUGGUGUACAAACAGCCUUGUCCUUAUUUGUCAAUCCUUAUGUUUAGCCAGUUGUCGUAACAGUGGCAAAGGGAUGGGUCCUGCCAGUGUAUUGCAGUAGGUAUCCUAAACAGAUCUUGAUGUUUGCAGAGUGGAAUAGAAAAUACAUGUAUUGAUAAGAAUCAACCAAUUGUUUUCUAUUAUGGGACAGGAAGUCACAGGAUUUAGUCAUUCUGAUGUCAUGUUUAUUUCCAUUGAACCAAACUUCCAACUAUCCUUACUUGAAAACCACUUAGGAGUUACAAGCCUACCAUAUUAGGACUAUUAAAGUCCAUUCCUGCAGUUUGAGUGGAAUUUGUCUGUUUUUCUUUUUUUGUUUAAUUCUUGGUUUUGGUGUGUCUCGUUGAAUGUAAAUAUUUAUUGUAAAAGGUUACACUUCUGAAUUAAAGCCAUUUGAAAAGUU